AUGUCACUGGGAAAACUGGCCAUUAAACAUCUUGGAAAGGGCCAUUUGAUCUUCUAUGAGGAAGACCUGAGAGAGUGUGUCAUUGAUGUCAGAGAAGCAUCCGUGUACGCAGAAGCUUCCUACAGAGGCAGUGUGAAAGACUUUGUCAACUUUAAUGCCAAGCAGGAUGCUGAGCUCCUACACAAGGCCAUGAAAGGCAUAGGCACUUAUGAGGACACCAUUCUCAUGCUCCUGACAUCGCGCAGCAACAAUCAACGGCAGGAAAUUAAGGCGGCGUACAAGAAGGCCCACGGAAAGGAUCUUGUGAGUGCUUUAAAGUCGGAGCUGGGAGGUUUGUUCGAGAUGCUCGUUGUGGCGUUGAUAACUCCUCCCAUUUCCUAUGACGCCUCUCAACUCCAUAAAGCACUCAAGGGGGUGGGGACUGAUGACGACGUGCUGAUUGAGAUCCUAGCAUCUAGGACCUGCGCCCAGAUUAAAGACAUCGUCAAAGUCUACAAGAAAGAGUGCGGCGGCAAGCUGGAGAAAGAUAUCACCGGUGACACCUCGGGCCACUUCCAAAAGCUUCUAAUAACGCUUCUGCAGGGGAGCAGGGACGAAGGGGUGGAUGAAGACAGGAUUGAGAAAGACGCAAAGGAACUGAUUGCUGCUGGCGAGGGGAAAGUUGGCACAAGCGAAGAGAAAUUCAUCAACAUCCUGGGCAAUAGGAGCCAUGAACACCUUCGACUAGUGUUUGACGCCUACAAGAAGCUGUCUGGCAAUGAUAUUGAGGACAGCAUUGAGGGCGAGACUACUGGAAACCUGGAGAACUUAAUGCUGGCAGUUGUGAAGUGUGCUAAGAGUGUCCCAGCCUACUUUGCAGAGUCCCUCUACAGGUCUAUGAGGCGUGCUGGCACUGAUGACCAGACUCUGAUGAGAAUCAUGGUGUCCAGGGCUGAGACAGACAUGCUGGACAUCAGAGCCUGGUUUAAGAAGAUGUAUGGGGCCUCUCUCUACACCACCAUUCAGGAGGACACCACUGGGGACUACGGAAAGGCCCUGCUCUACCUUUGUGGAGGAAAUGACUGAGGACUUUUUGAUGAUGUGGCACUGUAUGAUGAUGCGUGAUAGCGCUGCAAUGAGCUACACCUGACACUCUGUCAGUCAAUUAUCAUUAAUUAACACUUGAUUUUAUUGGCUUCUGUUCGACGAUUGGCUUAAGUUACCACUUCAUUGUAUUGGCUAUGUAUCUUGAUUGCCCACAUUCAACACAUAAUGAACUCAACACUGUGUGCCCUCUUUUUUCUUAUAUUGUUCAAAUACUCUGUCCUUUAUUUGACUGUUAUGGUCAUGUGAACCAAACUAUGCUUUGUUUUGCUAAAGAUGUCCAAUUUCAAGAAAUAAUGGGAGUACUAUUGCUCUAUAUUAGGUUAUUUUCUUUAUUGUUACCUAAAUCAACAUGCUAUCUUACUCUAUCUUGAUUAAUGCCUUUG